AUGGACGAUGCCGAGACUGUGGAGGUGCUCAAUGCCUUUCUUAUGAAGACAAUCUUGUAUAUCGAAAGGUCGAGUGACCGGGUUCUGACAGUACCUGGUGAAGCAGAGACUCGCAAUACGGCCUUCUCUAACGACGCAGCCGUGAUGGGAAGCGACGUUCGGGUGUGGGUGGUCGAUGAGAAUCUCACCGAUUCCAGCUCCUCGAAGCAUAAGUUCGCCCAGACGAGUUGGAUCCCUUGA